GUUCUGCGAGAGCCUAUGGAAGCUCCCAUGGGAGGGCAGUGACUGACAAGAGGGCGCGGGGCACCUGGCCCCGUCAUCCACCUCUCCCUCGGGGAUAGCAGAGGCGACUCUGUCGGUCUGUCUGUCUGUCUGCUUGCUGCUACUGCUGCUGCUGCUAUUCGAGCCCAUGUCCACUGGCAGGCUUCGAUCUUGCGCGCACUUUUGAGGUGAGUGCUCGACGACGCGUUGAUGCAAAGAUUCGUCGGUGGAAGUGGCAUGGGAAGAUAGGCGCGAGGAGGAGGAGGAGGAGGAGGAAGUAGUCGAAGCAGGUCCGGUGGUCGUGCUGGGGCUCUCUCCGAUCAUUUUGAUGCUCGGUCGGCGGAGAAAUGUGCAGGGCCGAGUGGAUCAAGUCAAGGAAUGCCGAGGGGACCGCAUUUGAUUGAAAUAGUCGGAGUGUUUCGUCAGGGGAGUGGGAGGUUUUGUGAGGCCUGUAGUGGAAGCGCAGCAGCGAGUGGUGGUGGCGGCGUCGGUUUUGGUUUGAACGCGUACGAGGACCUCCGGACGUAGAGCUGGUUUUGUUAGUGCGUGGGCAUUGGUUUAAUUUGGUGGUGUGGAGAAGGUGAACGAAAUGGCGUGCAUAUCAUCGCGCCUGUCGGUCUCGCCGAAUUUCUCAGGCCUGCGAAAAGCGCUCCCGUCUACCUCCACUUCUUCUACAACCGUUUCUGUGUCGAGCUCGGGUUCGGAAGGAAGUUAUGCUGCGGGCAGAUUAUCUCUGCAAGUGGUGGCGAGUGCCAAAAGAUUUCCCGCGUCGUCCACGCCCUCGAGUCCCAGUCAAACUCCUCCUGUGAAUGCCAUUAGUAGCAAGGUGCCUGAGGAAUUGGUUUCGACCUCUGCGCUGCCAACGAAGCCCGUGUUGGAGACUGAUCCUCUCAAGCUUUGGCAAAGAUACCUCGAAUGGCUGUAUCAGGACAAGGACAUUGGAAUCGAAAUAGAUGUGAGCAGAAUCGGGUUCACAGACGAGUAUCUGGCGAUGAUGCGACCCAAACUUGACCAAGCAUUUCGUGCCAUGGCAGACCUGGAAGGUGGUUCCAUUGCGAACCCGGACGAGGGACGAAUGGUCGGGCAUUACUGGCUUCGUAAGCCCGAGCUUGCGCCCACAGCGUAUCUUCAAAAGCAAAUUGUGCAGACAAUUGAGAGUGUCCAAAGUUUUGCCAAGGACGUGAUUUCUGGGAAGAUCAAACCGCCACCUUGUCCAAAUGGGCGUUUCACACAAAUAUUGUCCGUGGGUAUUGGAGGUUCUGCGUUGGGUCCGCAGUUUGUGGCUGAAGCAUUGGCUCCCGAUAAUCCCCCCUUGAAGUUGCGAUUCAUCGAUAACACAGAUCCAGCUGGUAUCGACCAUCAAAUAGCCCAGCUGGGACCUGAGUUGUCAUCUACCCUCGUUGUUGUGAUCUCGAAGAGCGGUGGAACCCCUGAGACUCGUAAUGGUCUUUUGGAGGUACAAAGGGCAUUCCGAGAGAAGGGCUUGGACUUUUCAAAGCAGGGCGUGGCCAUCACUCAAGAAAAUUCGCUCUUAGACAAUACUGCUAGAAUUGAGGGCUGGUUGGCCAGGUUUCCCAUGUAUGACUGGGUUGGUGGGCGAACAUCAGAGAUGUCUGCCGUAGGAUUGCUCCCCGCCGCUCUUCAAGGAAUCGACAUCCAUGGAAUGCUGGAGGGUGCACGACUUAUGGAUGAGACAACGAGAAUACGAGACCUCAAAACAAACCCUGCAGCUCUUCUUGCUCUCAGCUGGUAUUGGGCUACAGACGGCAAUGGAUCCAAGGAUAUGGUGGUGCUGCCGUACAAAGAUAGCUUGUUACUCUUUAGUCGUUACCUUCAACAGCUCGUGAUGGAGAGUCUCGGAAAAGAGUAUGACUUGGAUGGGAACCUGGUCAAUCAAGGUCUCGCUGUAUAUGGCAACAAGGGUAGUACAGACCAGCACGCCUACAUUCAGCAGCUGAGGGAAGGGGUCCCAAAUUUUUUUGCCACAUUCAUAGAAGUGCUCAGGGACAGGCCCCCAGGUCAUGACUGGGAGCUUGAGCCCGGUGUUACAUGUGGAGACUACCUGUUUGGAAUGCUUCAGGGCACAAGACAAGCUCUAUAUGCGAACAAGCGCGAGUCAAUCACAGUCACUGUGAAUGAAGUGAACCCAAUCACUGUGGGCGCACUCAUUGCUUUAUACGAGAGAGCCGUGGGCCUGUACGCGAGCCUUAUUAACGUCAAUGCUUACCACCAGCCCGGCGUGGAGGCGGGAAAGAAAGCUGCAGGCGAGGUGCUAGCUCUCCAGAAAAGAGUUCUAUCGGUUUUGAAUGACGCCAGCUGUCAAGAACCAGUGGAACCUCUAACUCUGGAGCAGAUCGCAACUCGAGCCCAAGCACCACACCAGGUGGAAAUGAUCUACAAGAUUGUGGCACACAUGGUAGCAAAUGACCGGGCAUUGUUUGCUGAAGGCGACUGUGGAUCGCCCAAAAGCGUUAAAGUCUUCACUGGUGAAUGGGAAAGAUAUCGCCAGAUGUUGGAGAGGACCUUUCGCUUUAAGUAUGCUCCGAAGAUGGACAGUCUCGAACCAUAUGAGAUGUAAAGUACAGUAACCCCUUUUGAAGUCAGCAGGUAGAGGUGCUCAACACGUGCUCGAGCGAGGCUUGUCAAGUGAAGAAUGUGACACCACAAGAGUAACCCUCAUCCAUUGUACAUAAUUAUUAUUAAAGCCGUCGAGGGAAAUUGAGAACUAGUAAAGUUUGGAUAUGUAGAUUGCAAUAUAGAAAGGAGAAGUAGUGGCAAUAAUGCCUUCCCCUCUCGAAAGACACGAAGCUGUGAAUCUAGAUUUAAUGAUAUAGCCAAGGGAAAAAAUCGGUGUGGAACUUAAUGCAUCUCGCCGAAGAAAUUAUAGCGAUUAGUACAGUAUGGACCACUAGCACGAGGACGGUGGGAAAGGGCCGCGGCAUAGCAUUCUCCUUGGUAAGCCACUCCUUGAGCCCUCGUGCCUAGAGAAGAUAGUCCAUUAGUGAGCGUGAAAAUGGUGGGGCGGAGAGGCAACUUAAAGUCUGCGAAUCGGAGGCGUCAGGAGUGUAAUCUCUGUUCAGUUCUAGGAAGUGAGCAUAGAAUUAAAUGCGAAGAGGUAUUCGUAGUGAGAGGCUGAAGAAAUCGUUUUGCGAGAUUGCUGACAUUUGGGCAUCUUUCACUCUGUACCCCUGUCAACGUUUGUCAGUACCUAGGAUGGUAGUGAAAACAUUAUGUCGUCCAAAACGCAGGCACAUUGAACAUGUCGUCCGGCGGAUUAAUGUGGCCACAAACUGUUCACUCUAAAGGGCGAGAAGGACCGAGCUGCACAUUGUCAUUAUAGUGUUCAUAGACCGAAACGGAUGUAAUUUGCCCACAAUGUAACAUUACCGUGCGUCUUUCUCUCCGAUUGGAGAGAUAUUUUGAUUCAGUAAAGGAAACAUCCUGAAUGGGAUCAAUGAC